AUGCUCGUCGAACUUUACAAAAAUACGGGAGGCUUGCUUGACGAGAGACGGCUCUUUGGGGUCCUUAGCCUGUACUCGGUUCGAGCCAACAGUCUCGCCGCCGAAACCCUCGGCGUCGCCCCGGAGUUCGUCUCGGUGCCCGUGAUCGGUGGUGCCUGCUCCAAGAGCUGCGAGGAGCUGAGCAAGCUGAUGCACGCGAUGAGAAACUCGGACAAUCUGGUCAAGAGUAGUGCAGCUUACGAGGAGAACGGCGACGGCUCGACCGACUCCUCAGCUUGGUGCCUUGGCUUCGCAGCCGCCAGAUUUUCCAUCUCGCUGUGCAAAG